AUGCCUAGGGAGAGAUUCAGAGAAAUAAGAAAUAAUUUAAAGGUUGUCAAUGACCUCACUGUACCGGAAACAAGAAAAGAUGAAGAUAAACUCUGGAAGGUGAGGCCUUUCCUUGACUCUGUAAAAGGUGGCUGCUACAAGAUGUGUCGAAGAACUCAACUUUCCAUUGAUGAACAAAUGGUUCCCUUUACUGGACACUCUAACAUUAAACAGCAUGUUCCAGGAAAACCAAACCCUGUAGGUUUAAAGAAUUUUGUUCUUGCUGAUCCCAGUGAAUUGGUAUUGGACUUUGAAAUCUACCAGGGAAAAGGUACCUUGUUAGGGAAUGAUCCUAGACUACUAGUGGGAGAAGCAGCAGUUCUUCGUCUGCUUCAUUCUGUUCCUCCUGGCACAGGCAUCUUCACUGACCGGUGGUUCACUACGGAGAAGUUACUGGACAUAGCAGGCCAAAAAGGUAUAUGUGUGACAGGCACAAUCAUGAAAAAUCGAUGUCCAAAGAUAGACUUGAUUCCCGAUAAGGACUUAAUGAAGAUGCCACGGGGGACAACAGAUUCAUUUGUCUCAAAAGCCAGUGAAGAUGGGACCAGAGUGGCAGUAUGUAUCACCAAAUGGCUGGACAGCAAGCCACUAUUGAUGAUGUCCAGUGCAUUUGGUGAUGCACCACAAGAUAAAUGCAAGCGAUGGUCAAAAGAAGCCAGGGUGCAUUUGGAGGUGACCAGACCACAAGUUGUUAGUAAAUAUAAUAAAUUUAUGGGUGGGGUGGACAUGUCCGAUCGCAUGAUAUCGUACUACAGAAAUGGCUACAGAACAAAUAAAUGGACGCUCAGAACCAUCAUGCAUUUCACAGAUCUUUCCACAAGUAAUGCAUGGAUCCAAUACAGGCAUGAUCAGCUGCAGGUUGGGAAACAGAGGAAAGAUAUAAUGGAUUUUUUGAAUUUUAAAAGAACUCUUGGUAGUGGAAUGAUAUCAACAGUUGAAAGUGAUGAAGGUGAAAACACUGAAGAGGAAGAAAAUUCAGAAGUAGACGGUUCAGAGGAUGAGGAUGAGGAGUAUGGAGCAGGCGAACCUGGAAGAAAGAAAAUUCGACCCCUCACAGGAAAAAAAUUCCGAAAACGAAAGGCAGAGCAUAUGCCAGAGAUGGUUAAAUCAAAAAAUGCUAAACGGUGCUGCAGGGAAGGGUGCAAGGGAAAAGAGCAAGUGAAGUGCACUACCUGCAAACUCUUCCUCUGCCUCACUUGCGAAAGAAAUUGCUAA